AUGCUAGCGAUCCCUGUUGAAAUCAUAAUACAGCCAAAAAAAUACAUUGCGACUGCGCAGUGCGGUUCCAGCGUCGGUGGUAAUUUCAUUCAACGUGUCGUCCACAAACGGUCUCUUCCCACAGAUCUGAACACUGUUGUUUACGAAGACGUUCCUUGUGGUUUCAUAGUAAUUGCGCAGGCGAAGAACCAACAAACAAAACCCGAACAUUUUGUUAUAGGUGGUGAUAACCGUGAUUCGUGGUAA